AUGUCCAACGUACAGAUAUUCAGGGAGCUUGCGGAUCUUUCGCACAUCACGGCGAAAUGUAUCCUGAUAUAUUCCAUCCACCGAAAUAGGAGCGCUGAAGGUGUAUCCCUCAUAAUGCAGGUCUUCUACACCCUGGUCUUCCUCACGCGCUAUGUCGACUUGUUCCAGGGCCUCCAGACGUCGAAAUGGAACCACUUCUUCAAGGUCUUCUACAUCCUCUCGUCCUUUUACACCUUGGGAAUCAUGCGCUUCGUCUACCCCCGCACACGGGAGCGUGAGGUGGCCUGGAAGCUGAGUGCCGGCAUACUCGCCGGUUGUCUCAUACUGUCGCCCUUCGCCAUGUUGAUAUUCUCCAACGCGCAGAGCUUCAAAGAGUGGCUCUGGGUCUUCUCGCAAAUCCUCGAAGCGUUUGCCGUGCUACCGCAGCUCCUGCUGCUGCGCCAGACGACAGUGCCGACAGUCAUCACGUCCCUCUACAUUGUGUUCUUGGGAUCGUAUCGCGGCCUGUAUCUGAUUAGCUGGAUCGUUCGCGCGUUCGACAUCAACGGCCGGCAGCCCGAGCCAAUCUCUGUCAUCUUCGGCAUCAUCCAGACGGCCUUUUACGCCGAUUUUGCCUGGGUAUACUGGACGCGCCAGCGCGUCAAGCUGCGCAACGGCGGGGUUGUCGACGCCGACGACAUGCGCCGCGGCUGGCUGCUUGGCCGCAUCUUCGGCAACAAGCACAUUGCCCGCGAAAUAGACGGCGACGACGACGACGAGGAGAGAGGCCCCGCUGGCGGCGCCUUCAACCAUCACCCCUCUUCUACCACCAAUAACAGUCGGAAUGUGAGACCCAAGUGGGGCUCGCGCGGCAUCUCGGUCAGCGCCGACGAAGGCCUCCUCGAGCACGAACCAUCGCUAGACGACGACGAGGAGCACGGUGUCACCGAAGGCGUUGUCGAUCCCGACGCUAGGAUGCGCGACCCCGACGAGCUCGCCAUGGCCCUCGACGAGGAUGAGGAUGACGCGCCCCUGCCCCAAGCAUCAAAACAUACCGACCCUCUCGGUGCGCCCACCGGGAUCCGGAACGGAGACGAAUGGAAGGAUUGA